AUGACAGACAAGUGGAAUGGGAUGGAGAGUCAAAGGAGGAAGGGAUCUUUAUCACCCUUGCUGCUUAUCCUGGGGGCACAUGCUUUCAUGGGGAUCCAGGCAGAUCACCACAAGCAUGAGGUACAAUUCACAGCAGUGGGCACAGGAAACGCCCUCUUGGACCUCACCAUGGUGGACUUUGUAGAUGACAUCCAGGUGUUCUCCUACGACAAACAGAACAGCCAGCUCAUGGCCAAGGAGCCCUGGAUCUCCCAGGUCCUGGGGACCAAGUUCAUGGAGAAGACUCAGCAGAAGUUAGUAGACCACGAGAAGAGCUUCCUCUGGUUUCUGAAGGAAUUGAGACAGAAUGACACCAAGAGUGACAAGAACAUCACAGUGCAGCUUUUUGUAGUUUGUGAACCUCAAAGGGACAAUGACAUAGGCAACCAAAUCAAGAUUGCUGUGGAUGGCGAGGAUUUCUGCUGGCUGGAUGAGAUCGGACAGUGGCUUUUCAUGAUGUCUGAGGCUGAGUCCUUCAAACCUACUCUGAUGAGUACCUUCUGGGCCAAUCGGAAAGCAUACUACAUGCAGGAAUAUUGUUAUGGCAUCAUGAAAAAAAUCCUGCAGCACUCAAGCAGAAGGAAGAAUGUGCCUCCUGAAGUGACCGUGCUCUACCAUGAAGCUGUGGAUGGCAUUACCAUCCUUUCCUGCUCUGCCAUGGGCUUCUACCCCAGCGCCAUUCUCUUGCACUGGCAGAAGGGUAAGGACACAAUUGUGGCAGGGAAGGAGAGUUCCAGCAGCACCCUGCCCAAUGCUGAUGGCACCUUCUACCAAAGAAUCAUCAUUGAGCUCCCUCCGGGGGACACAGGGAACAAUUAUGAUUGUGUGGUGGACCAUAUUGAGCUAGGAGCACCAAAAGCAUUUCCUGUACCUGAAAAGCCCCUUAAGAAGAGGACUUGGACUGUGACACUCAGCAUUCUUGGCGUUGUCAUCCUGGUGCUGAGCUGUGUUGUGUCCUUUAUCUGGUGGAAGAAGACAAACACAGGCUACAGCAUCCACGAGUAUGCCACAAUGGAAGACAUUCAGAUGGAUAUUCAAGAACACUAG